AUGGCAGCCAUGGUCAAGUUCGCCCUAUUGCUCGUUGUUCUGACCUCGGUUGAAGCCUUCGGCCCACCUGGAGAUCCAAUCAAGAAGUUCUUCGAGGGCAAAAAACCUUUUGAUAAGAAGCCUGAUAAGCACGAAAAACCAGAAGAAUCUUUGUUGGAUCAGCUCAGUGCUCCACUACAACAACUUCUGCCAGCUCCAUUGAAGAGUUUGUUGGAGAAGAUUCCAUUCGAUGAGGUCAAAGAACUGAAACAAAUUCUGCCAAAAUUUGCUGACAUUACAUCGCUUAAGGAGUUGGAAGAGUUGGUGGAGAAGAAGGCACCAACUUUGCUUGAUUUGGCCAAGGAAUUGUUCCAGAAGGCCGAGUUGGCUUUGAAGUUGAAGAAGGAAAAACUGUCUCCAGAAGCUCUGAACUUUUUCGCUCAGGUAAAAAAUGUAGUUUUAGGGAUGGCAGGGGUAAAAAAAUUCAAAUUUUUGACAAAAAAAAAUUUUUUUAAUUUUUAAAAUUGUUUCGAAAUUUAAAAAUUUUUUACUUUGAAAUUUGAAAAAAAAUUUUAUUUUAGCUCCUGGGAAUCAACAAGGAAGCCCUGAAGCAAUCUCUGAAGCUGAUUUUGGGUUUGGAGCCUAAAGUCAAAGACAACUUGAAGUUGGUGUUCCCUGAAGUAGCUGAUCUUUUGAAAACCCCAGCUGCCCAAAAAACCAUUCCUUUGAUUAUCAAUGGAACUCUUGCCUAA